AGCCGAUUCAUGUUGGUCGGAAAAAAUAACGAUAUGAUGAUGAAGCCCCCGAUUUCUAAACGACCCUGCCGGAGAGGCUGGAAGUCACCGGAAUCAGCACUGCCUUUACCCUCCGGCAGUAGCAGUAGCAGUAGCAGUAGCAGCUUCAUCCCGGAUGAAAUAAUCUUCUUCGAGAUACUGGCACCUGGAGCUCUCAAGGUCGACCAUGGUCGUGGUGCCGCGCAAGUACCAGGCCUCUCGAUUCCUCAACAUCUUCAGCUUCCAGCCAGGCGAAAGCAAGUGCGCCGAGCUUAUGGUCCGAAAGGAGUUUCAGCCCUAUGGGGUCCCGGCGUUCAGCAUUCCUCUCCACUGCGACGGCCUCAUCUUGAUCCCUGCCUUGAUGGGGAAAAUUUUCAUCUGCAACCCGGCCACUGGAGAGUUUGUUGAGUUGCCGCCUGGAAGCCCCAGCCUUCUCCAUGAGCACAGGGUCGCCUUUGGCUUUGAUCCCUGGAGUGGCGCCUACAAGGUGGCCAGGCACUUCAUCCGCUCCUACAGAGAUAUUCCACAAAUGGAUGUGGAAGAAGGAGGCGCCAUUAGAGAAUACAGCUGCGGACAUGAGAUCUUGACAUUCGGUGGUGAUGUCGGCAAGGAAGAAGCUUUGGUAUGGAAGGCCACCGUGGAUCCGCCAUACCCUAUCAAGGCCAGGACCCCGAUUUGUCUCCCGGGGGCCUUCUUUUGGAGUGCUCUCAAGUCCAUGCUACUACCUGCAAAGGUUAUCUCGAACGUCAUACUUCGAUUCAGUUUACUUGAUGAAACAUUUACGGUGCACCCUAACCCUCCGUGCAGCGAUUAUCUAGGCGGGAACGAUUCACUAUCGGCGCUAGGUGAAAAGUUAUGCUAUAUCCACUCUACCUCUCCGUGGGAGAUUUCCGUUUGGUUGGCGGAAGAUGGACCAAAUCUGGCUUGGUCACUAUGCCGCCGAGUCUGCCUGCCGAUACCAAGAAUGCUUCUUGCCUUUGCUUGCGCGUCGACUGAACGGGACAAGAUAUUCAUCACCGUUGAUGCGUGCAUCCUUCUCCGGUGUGAUCUCCGUGAUGGAUCCCUUGAAGAAGUAAUCAACAUGCCACGUGACAUGUUGUAUGAUCUCCGGAAUGGCAGAAAAAUCAACAUUGGUGCGCUCUUUGUUGCCCACUACACGGUGCCGUAUGUGGAAUCACUCCUGCGCAUCAGACCUCCGUGAUAACCAGACAUCAUAUCGUACGUGAUCUCAUCAUUAUAUAAUAAACGUUGUCUAAUUUCUUGUGUUGCAGCCAAAAUUAGCGGAAGCACAUUAAUAUACGUCUGUUUUUGCAUUGUUCUUACCUAGUCCUUACAAUGUAUUUCGUUAUGAGUGGAUAUUGUCCAUCACAAUUUUUUUAAUAUAAUUAUGCUUUCAAAGUCCUGCUGAUUAUGUACUUGUUGAUGUAGCAUGAAUUUUUCAGAUAUUGUACCUGACAUGGAGCGCUAGCUGAACCACAUGACAUGCGCACCACUUUAUUCCUGUCGCUGAUAAGUAUUUGCUGACUAGAAUGUAUCUAAACCCAGCGGCUCACCUUAAUAUUACCAGUUUUGUUGCCUAUAUGCAUCGAGUUUAGCAGACACGCCAUAUAUGGAACUUAUUAACAUAUGCCAACCAAACCAAUAUUUAUUGAUUAAAAAAGUGAGCACAAUAUUGAUCAUUUGGAGCAGUCAUGUGCGAUACAGCCCUAUGCAUACAAUACAUACCCGACAGGCCAUUCGAACAUAUUAUCAGCCUUCUUGGUCGAUGAAUUCGGGAUACUAUCAGGACUCCACAGAAGAGAUGGCUCCUGAAUAUGAUAAUAAUGUAAGACGAUGUACUUCUGUCAUAUUUGAGAUGCUACCGAUACAAUGCUGAUGCUUGAUCCUGCUUGUUUAUAAAACUGCCAAAUUGACAGAUUAUCGCUAAUAUAUCUUUUCUUUGUUAACUCGUUGUUUUGACUCACAGAGUGCUUUAGAAUAUGGUGAACAUCGAGUAUACUUUUUCUUCCUCCUAUCCUCAACAAGUAGUACUUUAUGAGCAAUCUUAUGGUGAUGGGUGUGUCUCCUUAGAGCAAAAUGUCCAGAGCAACUCGAACGCGUUUUCUGAAGAUACCUCCGAAAUCACUAAAUCGGCAAGCACAAGAGUGUGUGGUUAUUCAAAUUGAUUUUGUCAAUACUAAAGAUCAAAAUUGCAAUGCUAGACACUUAUAUUUUUAUGCGGUCCAUGUUUUGGCCUUUGGCUCCAUUUCUUCAGGAAAAAAAAUAAAAAACAAAAAAUCAGGCCUUUUGGAGCUCUUAAAAAAAUACUUUUUCUUCUGUUCUUUAUUUUGACCAUGUUCUCAGUUGUCUGGUGAUUUACUGUGAAUUUCCCUCUACAUGUGUUACAUGUAGAUUGAAGGAGGAAAAGGCAUUAGAAUUGUGCUUUAAUGUGCAAAAUAUCAUUGAUAAAGAGUAAAUUAUAAUAAGAAAUAGUGAUGCAAAAUGGACGUAUCAGCUCCCCCAAGUUUAGACCUCACUUGUCCCCAAGCGAAAUUCGAGCAUAGUAAACAUGUCACAAUUUUAUGAAGUGUGGAUUCAAUAGUAAAUAAUACCAAAAUGACAGCAUCACUAUUUAAUUUCCU